AUGCGUCUCUCUAUUACUUUACUACAUGACUACAAUACUUUACCACUUUUCUGUGCUACCUUUUUUCCCCACCUCAUCUCACUCAAUUUGUUUGUGAAUAAAAUCGCGUCCGCGUAUUUCAUCUUACAACUACCUCCAACCAACACAAGUAGUAUGGGUGUCACUGGACUUUUGCAACAUUUGAAAGAGAUCCAGGAACCCUCUAAUCUUGCCUCAUACAAAGGCAAAACAUUGGCUGUAGAUACCUACGGAUGGUUGCAUCGUGGGCUCAUUUCUUGUGCCCAAGAACUUUGUCAAAAUCAACCCACACGAAAAUACGUCAAUUCGGUGAUUAAAAAAGUCGAUAUGCUUCGUCAUUUUGGGGUGGAGCCUUACUUGGUGUUUGAUGGAGCAUAUCUUCCUACAAAGGCAGAAACAGCAAAAGAACGUAGGAUUAAACGAGAGGAAGCACAGCAAAAAGCCGACCUCCUCCUAAAACGAGGAGAUAGAAAACUGGCAUGGAAAGAGUUCAUGAAAGCUGCUGGGGUCACACCGGAGAUGGCCAAGUCCAUCAUGGUGGAGUUGGAUGCCAGAAAAGUCAAGUAUGUGGUGGCUCCAUACGAAGCUGAUCCACAAAUGGUUUACUUGGAAAAAAUUGGCGCUGUUGAUGGAAUAUUAUCAGAAGAUUCCGAUUUGCUUAUAUUCGGGUGCCAGCGUCUUAUUACAAAGCUUAAUGAUUACGGAGAAUGCGUGGUGAUUGACCGUGCAAACUUUCCCAAAGUCAAGAAGAUUCCACAAUUGUCAAGUUAUACUCAACAACAAUUGAGACUUGUGGCCAUGCUAGCGGGUUGUGACUAUACUAAAGGAAUUCCUGGCAUUGGUUUAAAGACGGCAUUCACACUCGUUUGGAAACAUGGAGACCUAAACAGCGUUCUCUCGGCAUUGGACGCCGAGGGAAAAGUCCCUGACACAUUUGCCGACGAAGUCUUCAAUGCAGACCUUGCGUUCCAGUUUCAAAAGGUGUUUGAUCCGUUUGAAAAAUCACUCAAGACAUUGAACGAAUAUCCUAGUGAUCUUGGCAUCGCUAUCGAGAAAAUUGAAGCUUGUUGCGGACAAACUCUUGAUGGUGAUCUCCAUUACCGCAUAUGUAGGGGUCAUGUCCACCCCAAUACUCAUGAACCACUCAUUUCCAGGGAGCACAAUAUCACUUUGAAGAGCAAAUCAAUGACCGUGGAAACAACUUCCACAAGAAAAACCUCCAUCGAACAAUACUUCUCAAGCAACAUGGUACAGAGCACACCAAAGAAGAGCGCCCUGACGUCAGCCAUUCAAAAGGUUUCACCUGUCAGUAAGAAAAUUCUGAAAGUGAUCUCGUCUGCACGUAGUCCUCAAGCUUUACAAACCAGCAAGUUCUUCGUCAAAGCAACAUCACAAAAAGAAACUCAAGUGGUCAAAUCUCUUCAAACAAAAACCACGAUUUCUGAGCCCACCAGACCACGGAAAUUGGAACCAGUAUCUGAUUCGAGUUUGAUGGAGGAUUCGGAUCUUCCCGACGAAUUUUCUUCGCCUUUCAAGAUGAAGGUUAUGGGUACUAUGGAAGAGGUUGAUACUGAUGAGGACAGAGAAGAAGUCAAAAAGGCAGCUCUGGCCGACUUUGAUGUCAAUGAGUCAGACGAUGACAUACAAGAGUCGCCAGUAAAAUCGACCCAUCUUGCAAGUGUGGGCAAAUUGUUACGUCAACAUUAUCUGUGUGGGUCUGAAUCCGUCGUUGAUAAACAAGCGCUUCUUGGUAGAAGACCGCUCCAGGCGAUAGACCACAAUAAAAAGAGGACCAAUGAGGAUAAUACUCAAAAGACCAAGAGACCCAAACCUUCAGGACCUGUUCAACUGGGCACCACAAAACUUCAAAGAUUUGCAUUCACAAGAUAA